ACAUGCGGAUUGGUUAAGAGUCGACGCCCGCUAUAAAAGACUCCGUCGAGGGCGAAUUCGUUGCCAGACUCGACAAGAUGGCAACGGCUUUGGCUCUCGUGCUGCUUACUGUGGCACUCUGUGUGUCAGGAGUGCCAGCACCGCAGGAUGGGACCGCUGGGUACGGAGCGAGGGUUCCCGCUGCGCCCCAGCGCGGUUACAGCGUACCCAUCUCGCCAGAAGCCCGAUCGAGUUCUCUUGGUCCCCCACCACCAUCAUUGGCAGAAGUAGCCGGUGGGGCUUUCAUUGGAACAUCCAUAUCAGAUCCCAUCCCUGGAAGAUACCCUGUCCGUCCAUCGCAGGUCGAGAACAACAACCAAGGUGGAUUGGCUUAUGAGUACAAGAAGCCCGAGGGAGAAUAUGGCGUCUCCUCCAUCUUCGAACGUGUUCCAACAGUGAGGUACCCUGUAACAUUUGGUAGGGGACAGUAUCGGCUGAAACGGGAAGCUGUUGCGGCUAAAUCAGCAGUUGAAGGGACACCACGUAUCGCUGUAUCCUACAAGAAGCCAGAAGGAAAAUAUGGCGUCGGAUCCAUUAGGGAGCGCCCGGCAAACGGAGGGUACCCCGUUAGCCUCGGUGGAGGUGUGUACCGCGUGAAAAGGAGGGCUAUCGCGGAGGGCGGGCUACCCAUCGCCGUGUCCUACAAGAAACCAGAAGGACAAUACGGGAUCGCGUCCAUCAAGGACCGUCCAACGAGUGGAAGGUACCCUGUCAACCUUGGAGGAGGAGUGUACCGCGUGAAGAGGCAAACUAUCGCAGGGAACAGUCCACGUCUCGCUGUGUCAUAUAAAAAGCCGGAGGGGGAGUACGGCCUCGGAUCAAUUCAGCAGCGUCCAGCAAACGGAGGAUACCCUGUUAGUUACGGUACGGGUCUGUAUCGUUUCAAACGUGAAGCUCUAGACGUCUCGCCAAAAGCAAGAGCAGCAGACACAACGACAACGAACAAACCACGUAUAGCCGUAUCUUUCAAGAAACCGGAAGGUGAAUACGGCAUUGGGUCGAUUGCAGAUCGUCCACCAACAUCUGAGUACCCUGUGGUUGCAGGAGAUCUUUUCGACAUGAAGGCCGUAAAGAAACUUGCCAAAGCAGACAAACUGAAGGACUCGUCGAACUUGCGGAAGAAAGCUUACAACAGCGAGAGGGAUCCUAUUUCUGUUACAUACAGGAAGCCGGAGGACCAUCCGUACAAUGAGCCUCUCUAUGCAGAAGGUGUGCCAUUCUUUGACCUUGACAUGGAAGACGCCCUGAGGAUAUCGAGUAGCGAUGACACCCCAGUUGUGGUGGUGCACGCAGACGGUCAGUCCGAGCGCACAAGACGUCCUUAUGCUGUUGUAAAGGGCCCAAGAGAAGGUGGAAGACGCGGGACUGUCGUUAAGAAGGUGGUUAUUAAGCGAGUGCCUAUAGGUGAUGUCGUGGAAGAGGAGGCAACAUACAAGCCCGUUCUGAAGAUACCAGAUCAUAUCCUGCUGCCCGGUGACAUACCGCCUCUUGGUCAAGUCGAAGUUUCACCUACACCGUUUGAACCAGCUGCACCAGAACCGGCGUAUGCACCAGCUUUCCCAAUUCCUUCUCAGCCAUCCCAUUCCCAUAACCCAAAGACUCUGCAUAAGCACACCAAGACAGCGACCCCAACUAGGGCUCCAACAACAGAGCUCGUUAGGGUCCCAACCGGCAAGAUCGUAUUCAACAGGAACUUCGCGUCGAAGGUUCCGUACAGCCAGUUUAAGAUACCAUCUGGAGCACGAAGCCCGUACGCGGAUGGCGCAGUCGGUCGGAACAACGACCCUAAAUAUAACGUGGCGGCCCCAGCACCAGCAUUCGCUCAAGCACCUAGACAACAUGUUCAACAGGUUCUAGCGCAACCUCCCCUCCAAGUACCUGUAGCUGCUCCAGUGCAGCCUGCAGUCCAACGAGCAGUUCCUGUUCAGCAGCAAUUCCAGCCUGCUGUUCAGCAGCAAUUCCAGCCUGCUGUUCAGCAUCCAUACUCUGGUUUCCAGCAGCCGCCAUCUGCAUACGAGCCAUACCCAGCGGUGCAGCAAGCUGGAUUUCCGGGUUUCGCUCCUGCAGGGUAUCCUCCGGUAGACACCACUCCCUAUGGGCCCCAAUACCCUACACCGUACCCAGAGGCAGGAUAUAGCCCGUACGGACAAGAUCAGUCUGCUCCCUUCCUUUACUCGUCACCACCUACGAACGCGGGUCCUUACUUCGAUCUCACUGGCAGGCCAGGUGAAGGGUUCAAGUCGUAACCAAAUCGGCCACUUCAAAAAGUCAUCAGUCACAGCAUCUACAUCCAAAGGGGGGCAGGAAUAACAACAUCUCAGAUCUCGCAUCCGGUACAUCGUUGACCUUCGUUCAUUGCCCUCAUUGUAAAUCUCACACCACCAAAUAAAUUAUACUUAAGAUGUCA